AUGUGUAUUCGUGAUUUUCAACUGAAGCCAGUGAAAGAAGGAAAGGUUCUCACUCCGGAUGAAUAUUUAGAGGACUGUCUUAAGAGAUCUACCAAGCAAACCAAACCCCAGGCAAGAUUCAACGAAAUAAAAGAAUCAAUCAAACGUUACUUUCCAAAGAGAAAAUGCUUUACAUUGUCAUUUCCUACAAAAGAAGACCUACACAAUAUAGAAUCACUAGGUGAAGGAUCUCUCCGUGCACAAUUCGUUAAAGAAGUUAAAGCUAUGAGAGAAUUCAUAUAUGAGAAGAAGCCAAAAUUUAUAUGCAAUGUUAGCAAGAAAGCUUUACACGGAACAGACUUAGUUGCACUCCUGACAAUGUAUGUUGAUGCAGUUCGGAAGGAAACACCAAUACAAUACAAGGCAGCUUAUACAUAUGCUUCAACUCAACGCAACGAACAUGUUUUAAAAAAGGCUAUCCAAGAGUUCAAAAAGGAAAUGGACAAAGGAAGAAGUCUAAAAAGCAAGAAAAAGUUAAUGGAAAUGUUCAUGGUUUGCCACAGCGAAGCUCAAGCAAGGAUCCUCGAUAGGUCGUUCGUGUAUGAGAUAAAGCAUUACCAGGAAAAAGCAACGGAAGAAAUGAAGGCCUAUGUUGAUGAGCUAAACGUCGUGAUUGGCGAGGCGUGCCAGAAAGUGGGUGCAGAGAAGUUGUCAAUGAUGUAUGGAGACAUGAUGAAACGAAAUCGCAGCAUAUAUAUAUUGAAACAUGGAUAUGAAGAAUAUGAAAAAGACAUGAAAGCACUUGAAAACGAAUUCUAUUCCCUGAUGAGUGAAUAUGACGGAGAUGAGACAUGUAUGUGUUUUUACAAGUUUAAAAGCAGCAAACAAGACGAACAUAUGAAGCUUUAUCGUGCGGCAACAGAGGAAAAGGACAAGGCGGAAUACCACAUUGUUGGUGCCGUGACAAAAACCGAAAUGAAUCUGCAGAAACUUAGACAGACGAGAGAUGCACAGAAAGCUGAUAUUGCACGCUAUAUGCAGAAACUCGAGACCGCCGGAGAAAAUACAGAAAAUGCAAUCGAGUAUGAAACAAUAAUUCAGGCUAUAGAGGGAAAGUAUAAAACGUUAGAAGCGAUAAAUGAAAAGAUUUUAACACAAACAGACGGGGAAGAUAUUGAGAGCGAGAUGCUAGAAACUGAAGACUACAUGCUUAAUCUUCAAAUAUAA